AUUAUAUAGAUUUUUGUUUGAGUUGGUUUUAUUGAGCCGUUCUAAUUCUCAGUAUUGAUCCCUGAUAAUAACGCUCAGCUGAAGGGGGAUAACACUGCAGGACUUACUUUGGCCAACAGGAGGCGACUAUGAGAACAGUCGUCAGUUAAACGUCACCACCACAGAAGAAGAAGAAGAGAAAGACGUUUGGUCGAGUCUACUGCCAACGAAGCAGAAGAAGAACUAGCAUUAGCAUUAGCAUUAGCUUUAGCAGGUUCUGGUUCCUGAAGGAUCACUGAAGUCCAUUCUUCACAGCUUCGUAAGUUCAUUUUCAUCAUAAAAGGUUUUCAGUAUUUUAACGGUUUCUUAAUUACAGACUGUCACAGGGUACGAACAGUGUUAGCACUAGAGCUAAUAGGCUAACAGCUGUGUGUCAGACCAAACCCCGUUCAUUUAAAAGCUGAUUUUACAGUCGGCUCAGACUGCUGCUUCAGAAACAGAAAGAGUUUAACUGUCUGAUAUUAUAGCUGAUAGACUCUAAUUCAGCUAAGAAAUAAACCAAACCCCGUUCAUUAAAGUGCUGAUUUAAGUUAAUUCUAUCUGUGAUUGGGGUCAAAGUCUGAAACUAACCUCUUCAUCAGAUAAAACAUUCAUUCAACUCUUCAUUACAUUAUUAUUACACUGUUUUUAUGCUCUCUCUCUCUCUCUCUCUCUCUCUCUCUCUCUCUCUCUCUCUCUCACUUUCUGACCCCCCCAACAACACACACACACACACACACACACACACAGGUGUGAUGCAGUCAUGUCCCUGAAGGUGGCGUUGCAGCAGAGGAUCACCUCUGCUCAGUCGUUACUGCAGAGGGCCGAGAAGUUGUGUCGUGGGGUCGAGGGUCACCAGAAGCUUUGUGGGAAAUUGAGGGCGGAGCUGCGCUUCCUGCGGCGGGUGGAGGCGGGGCAGCUGCAGGUGAAGGAGUCUCACCUGCACAGCACCAACUUGACUCACCUGACGGCGAUCGUGGAGUCAGCCGAGAGUCUGGAGGGCGUGAUCGCCCUGCUGCACGUCUUCACCUAUCAGGACGCCGCAGGGUGCCGGCAGACGCUGGUGGUGGAUGUGGUGGCGAACGGCGGACACACCUGGGUGAAGGCGGUGGGCAGGAAGGCGGAGGCACUGCACAACAUCUGGCAGGGGCGGGGCCAAUAUGGCGAUAAAAGCAUCAUCAGUCAGGCGGAGGACUUCCUGCAGGCCAGCCGCCAGCAGCCGCUCGAGUACCGAAACCCCACCGUCAUCUUCGCCUUCUACAACGGAGUUUCCUGCCCCAUGGCGCAGCACCUGGAGGCCAUGGGGGUCUGCGUACGCGGGGACAUCGUGGCUGUCAACUCCUUGGUGACUGAGGAGGAGGAGGAGGAGGAAGAGGAAGAGGAGGAGGAGCCUACUGAAGAUGACGAGGAGGGGGAGGAGUCAGAGCUGACCCGGGUGGAACGCGGCGCUGUGGUGGCCAGUCUGGCGUUUCCAGCUCAGGUUCAAGUGGAGGAGUGUCGCCGCGUUAACCUGGACAUCACCACGCUUAUCACCUACGUGUCGUCGCUGAGUCACGGCCGCUGUCACUUCACCUUCAGGGAGGUGGUGCUGACGGAGCAGGCCGCUCAGGAGCGCCACCAGCAGGUGCUGCCGCAGCUGGACGCCUUCAUGGAAGGAAAGGAGCUGUUCGCCUGCCGUGCCGCCGUCCAUGACUUCCAGGUCAUCCUGGACACGUUGGGCGGGCCUGGUGAGAAGGAGCGCGCUCAGAAGCUGCUAGCCCGCCUGCAGGUGGUCGACGACCAUCCGUCCGAGCGCACGCACCGCCUCAAGCCCAGCGCCAAAGUCAAUCGCCGCUCUCUCAUGAUCUUCGGCACUGGAGACUCUCUAAGAGCCGUUACCAUGACAGCAAACAGCCGCUUCGUCAGGGCGGCGGCCAAUCAGGGUGUCAGGUACAGCGUGUUCAUCCACCAACCCCGAGCUCUGACUGAAGGCAAAGAAUGGCGGGCCACGCCCAUCUGACCAAUGUCAGCUAAUGUCAGACAAGUGUAAAUAAAAGAAGUGUAAAUAAAGUUUCAGUUUAUGGAAACGCCAUCAGCUGGUCGACCAGUAACUCUGUCACUUCCUGCUGCGCUGUCAUUUGUUCCUGCAGGUCACAUGAUGUCACACAGGUGACCCUCUGACAGGUGAUCGAUUCUUUCAUUUGUUGAUUGGUGAUUAUCAAUAUUUGACCCUUUAAACAGGAAGCUCUGUCCUCUUUGGUUUUUCACAAUAAAAUGUUUUUGUCAGAAACAGUAAAAUCAUGACGAUCGAAGCGUC